UGCUUUUUGAGGAGGAUGCAGUCAUGGAACGUGUCGUUUCCCUACUGGAUUUCUAGCAUUAUUUUAAUAAUAAAUCAUAAAUAAAGUUUUUAUCAUCCUUUUGAAAUUAAAUUCCCUAGGGAUGUGCUGGCAAUAACCUUUUUAACCAUGCAUUCUAAUGAACUCAGUAGAGAAGAUAAAUUAUUCAUCAUCCAUACUAAUGAAAGGAGAACUGCCCAUAACCAGGAGUGUUUAAUCUAACUAGAGUUCUUCAAUUGUAUAUAUUGUAAUUCUGUAUAUUAAAUAUGAAUUCAAAUAAUUGUGUUUAAAAAUGUGUUGUGCGUGUCGCAAGGGCUUCUUAGUUUGAUGGAUUUAUAUGAAAUAAAUUUAAAACCUGAAAUAUUUGCGCUAUCAUAAGUAAUUCUUUAAAAGUGCACGUAACAUCAGCUGUUCUAGAUUUGAUUUUGGAUUCGUUAUCUACACAGCAUGGAUCUACAAAUACAAAUAUAAAUUUAUAAUUAAUAUGAUUUUGUCAAGAUGUUGGGCAAACACAAAGGUAUUUGCUUGUUAUGCUUCUAUCUGUUGUUCAGUAAAUUAAGGGCUAAAGAAACAUCUACCAAAUUCAAUCAUGCUCUGGAUUCUGGCACAUGUUUAAGAUCUAUACCGUGCAUUAGUUUCUUAGACUGUUUUAAACGAUUUGAAAACAAUAGCGAGAAUUUCAAUGUCAUGGUCUAUGAAAGGAGGUAUUUGCUUUGCAAGCUUUGCUUUGUCUGCAAGACGUUAGGUGUUAGAAAGCAGCAGCCUGGAUCUAUUCUGGUGCAUUUUCCUAUUACAGACACUUCCCUAGAAAAUUUAGCAAGAGGAAAACCUUCAAAUCAGAGCUCCACCUACUACGGUGCUCGUGGCUAUGCAACAUCAAGCAUUGCUGUUGAUGGAAUAUGGGAAUCAAACAUGAUGGCAGCUGGAUAUAGCUCAUAUAUGUGCGCACAUACUAAAAGCGAAAACAAUAUUUGGUGGAUGGUAAACUUGGAGCGUAUACACACUGUGUCAAAAGUUGCCAUCUUGAAUAGGAGAAACUGUAACAAUUGCUGGUUACGUUUAAAGAAUCUUACCAUCACUGUCGGAGAAACAGAAAGUAACAUGCAAUUGUGCGCUACGUAUGAAGGUCCCGGGGGCGAAGGAGAACUCGUAAAUAUCAUGUGUCAAAAUUCGCUGUUAGGACAAUUUGUACGGAUUAGUAAGCCAGGUCCUGAAUUUUUGCAACUCUGUGAAGUUGGUGUAUAUUGCUAAUACGCUUACAUAAUAUAAUUGUAGUAACGUACUGAUAAAUGAAAUGUCUGCCCCAUGUAUCACACAGACGAAUCUUCAAGAAAGGAAAUUUCCAAAUUUCCCAUAUUUCUGAAUCAUAAAUCUGGCAAUCUGUGACAUGGAAAAUGUAACCGUAACGAAAUCUGUGACAUUCAAGGGAAAAAGAGCAUUUAUCAUAACUGUGGUUUAUUUUUUUUUUUCUCUUUUUUGAGGCAAUAUAACACUAAACUAUCAAAACUAUGUUAAAUAUUGAACGAACAUAGUCAUGCUCAGCAAUACGUUACCGGGACUUGUUCUUAAUCAUUUCUACAUGUGACCAACAUCUCUAGACGUGAGCACACAGAUAUAUUAAUUUAUGAAUUUGGCAAGCGUCAAAAAGCACAAGACCUUAAAUGUAAACUUGACAUUUUAGUUUGUUUCUUCGCAAGGGGAUGUACAAUUGAGCAUGAAGAUCCGUAGGUUGCGAAUUUAAAACCCGAUGAGAGCGGAAGUGGAGCAAAACAGAUAUAAUAUUAAUUUAUGAUUUCGGCAAGCGUCACAAAGCACAAGACCUUAAAUGUAAACUUUGCAUGCUAGUUUGUUAUUGACAAUUUGAGUAAUUACUACAUACAGUUUGUGCAAACAUAAAAUCAAAAAGUUUAUCUGAAUUAACAGUAACAUGUACUAAGCUUAACCAGUACGCACUUAAUACAUGUAUAGUAAACACAGUACAUACGUGUACUACUGCAAAAACUGGACGUUUGUUUAGCAUACAAUUAUUGCUGCAUAUCAUUUUAUUACGAAUGCAGCCCUAUAUACAUUAUAAGUUUAUAUCUUAGUGAAGUUGAAUGAAUAGAUCGAAUGAGGAAUUUCUACAUUUAUGAAUAAAUUUCUAAAGACUAAAUGUUUUAGCAAUAGAUCGGCAUUGAAAAUCGUAAGUGAUUCGUAUACACUUUUCUUUACCGUCUUAACUUAUAUCUCAGAGAAGCUAGACCUUGACAAUUUAGACCUCGGACCCAAUAUAGCGGUCAUCCACAAAAUUUAACCAGCAGCCAAAUGGUAAAAAUAGUUGUCUUCAAAUCAUAAGCCUCUCAGCAUUGUUGAUUGACACCGCGCUAGGAAAAAAACCUCAAUCCACAAAACGAAGGGGCAAGUUGUUGGACAUCAGCAAGAUUCGAAUUAUGAAAGCGUUUGUCGUAGUUGUUAAUGACGGAAAUAUUUUUAUAUGGUAAUGAUCCUCCAACACGGAAUUGUACCUUCUUGAAAAGACAGCAUGAUCGGAAAUUAAUUGUACCUUCUUGACAGGACAGUACUGAUUGGAAAUUGAUCAUUAAGAGUAUCUGGAUCGUUACAUUACCUGUAAUAAUUGUUUUUAAAAACUGUUAGAGUUUAGAAAAAAACUUCUUUCUUCGUGACGUAUGUUUUUAUCUUAUUUGUUACAUUUCUGUUUCAUAUUUUAUCUGUGAAUAUGCAUACACUGUUUAUGUGUGUCUGUGUAUAUAUUUCCAAAAGAAGUGAUGCAUGGAUGUCUAGUUUCUUUAAUGAAAAUGCAAAUGUUUUCUCGAGACCCCUCAUCAAUAUCAAUUUACGCCGGUUAAUCUUAAACUUCUACUUUCACUCCCAAAACCAUGAACGAGGACACUGAUUGGCUGGAGUAAAAUUCGUCUGAAUGAGACCCCUUUUUGGCUGUCUUCAGAUCCUAUGCGUUGCAUUUUAGGAGAUUAUAUCAACCCUAUCGACGAUCUGCGACACAGCGUAAUCGACAGAUCUUAACAUAAUUUUGUCUGAGAAAUGCAUCUUUAAAAAACUUCUAGAAUAGGUCUUUCAGAAAACGAAGAAACAGACCUGAAUCUUUUGUUAUUACCUUAAAACUGAUUUACAAUACGAACCUUUGCAGUAGAUGUUUUCUACUUUUGAUGUCUUGCUUUGUUGCACCAAAUAACGGACGCUACGUGCGGCAAUGCUAUAAAUAUUACCGCAUUUUGAAACUUUAAAUGAAAAGGUCUUGAUUUAGCGUGGACUCAAUUUAAAAUUUUGAAGAAGGAUUAUUUUCUAUCAUAACGUUUAGAUAAUUGUUCUUUUUAAUAAUUAGUAGGGAUAAGAAUACGGUUAAGAAGGCCGAUUCUGGAUAUUUUGCAUACGGUUCUGUUAACUAAUAAAGAUGAACGUAUCUAUCUUCAAAAACAAAGUCUGUCAUCUUAUCUGCUAACAGUUAAUUUCACUUAUUUUGAUUAAAGAUGACAAGUGUACGUGUACAUGUACAUGGGACUGGUUUUUUUUUUUUUUUUUUUUUUUUCUUUUUUUUUUUUUUUUUUUUUUUUGAUUUUAUAGAGGACUUAUUUCAAAGAUUACUAACAAGGAAGAAAAUAAAAACAUUAACCUGAAAUAUUAUUCUUUGCAAAAUACAUGCAUAUUCUGUUAUGCUUAUAUAAAGCCCUAGUAUAGAUAAAGCUGCGCUCUCUUUUCAAUGGAUUUAAUAUAUUAAAGUUUGCGCCACGAAGUAUUUAAAUUUGAAAUAAAACUAUACUGAUCAAAAUAUUUGUUGUUAUUUAUUCAAAUCCUAUGUUUUAAAUUAUUUGUUUCAAAUUAUUUGUUCUAAAAGUUCAGGAAAAUGGUCCCUUCGUGAUUCUUACUAAUAAAGU